ACACACACACAUCAAUUUGAGCGGCCAUAGAAAAGUGAAAGCGCAGCAAGGAUUACGCUUGGCAAGGAGAUGAAUAGAUUCUUGAUUGUUAUUGUUGUUCUGGCAGUGGGCGUUGGCGCCCAAAUUGCCCAACACCCACAGUCGGCCACAGAUUUGGCCUUUGACAUGUACAGAUCAUGUCUAAAGGAUUUCAGCACAAGUUGUGUUCAACCCAAAGCCAUGCGUUGGUUCAAUACGGCCCUUCAGCAAGAUGAGGUCAUGAUCACAGAUAAAUUGUCCAUAGUGCGUACGGGCAGAAUUAUGCGUAAUCCCCAACAGAGGGCCAUGGAUGCCCAAGAGAGAAUGUUCCAAGAAAUUGACAAUUACUUGGUGACACAUUCGUUGCGCAUACGGGCUCCGGAAUAUUUCCAAAGCGCCGAGGCCAGAUCAUUUGUGCCAGACUUUUUGUUGAAUAAUGCCUUGACCAAGGGUGCUAUGAUUCCAUUGGCCGAACGUGAUACAGAGGGUCGUGGCAUGAUACGCAAAGCUGUGCUACCCUUCUUGCUGGGUCUUAAAUUGAAGACCACUGUCUUGGUGCCCAUAGCCCUUGCCCUUAUCGCCUUGAAGACCUGGAAGGCCAUGACUUUGGGUCUCUUGUCUCUGGUGUUGUCGGGAGCCUUGGUGGUCUUCAAAAUUGCCAAGCCAAAGAUUGUCAACUACGAGGUCGUCCAUUAUCCCCAUCACCAUGAACACAUCGAGCAUAUACCCCAUCAUUAUGAGCAUGUUGAGCACAUAGUGCCCCAUCAUGUUGAACACAUUGUCCCCCAUCAUUUGGAGCAUCAUGUCGAUCAUCAUUUAGAUCAUCAUUUGGAAAUACCCCAUCAUGUUGAGCAUGUGGAACAUUUGGAACAUGCUGCCCCCACCUGGGAUCCUCAUGCCUGGGCCCGUUCCUCACAGGAGACACAUGGUGAUGCUCAAGACAUGGCUUUUGCCGGACAAAAGAAACGUUAA